AUGGCUGAACAGACGGAGCGCGCUUUUCAGAAGCAGCAGGGAGUCUUCCUCUGCGGCGACGUGUCAGCGAAGAAGAAGCUGAGGACGCCCGGCAAGGCGGGUAACCGUUACUACAAGAACGUGGGGCUGGGCUUCAAGACGCCCCGCGAGGCCAUCGAAGGCACGUACAUCGACAAGAAGUGUCCGUUCACGGGCAACGUGUCGAUCCGCGGGCGCAUUCUGGCGGGCACGGUGCUGUCGACCAAGAUGAACCGCACCAUCACCAUCCGCCGCGACUACCUCCACUUCGUGCGCAAGUACCAACGGUACGAGAAGAGGCACUCGAACCUGUCGGCGCACGUGUCGCCGUGCUUCCGCGUGAAGGAGGGGGAUCAGGUCAUCGUGGGGCAGUGCAGGCCGCUGUCGAAGACGGUGCGAUUCAACGUGCUCAAGGUGAUGCCCCACGGCUCCGAUGGUGGCAAGGGCAAGAAGGCAUUCGGUGGCAUCCCCCCGUUUCUGCUCGCUGAACUAGACUCCCAACACAAAGUGAAUCAAGAUGAGUUCGGAGGCGGUGCCCGACUCAUCCGCAAAAUCAUCCACCAACGCGCCGCCGCCUAUGACAAGUCGUACGCGCGCAAGGAGCGCGAGCUGGUGGAGCUGAAGCGCGAGGCGAAGCUGAGCGGCGGCUUCUAUGUGGAGCCCGAGCCCAAGCUGCUCUUCAUCAUCCGUAUUCGUGGUGUGAACGACAUGCACCCCAAGACGCGCAAGAUCAUGCAGCUCCUUCGUCUUCGCCAGAUCUUCAACGGAGUGUUCCUGAGGGUCACCAAGGCGACGCUGCAGAUGCUUCGAUUGGUGGAGCCCUACGUCACCUACGGCUACCCGAACCUGAAGUCGGUGCGCGAGUUGAUCUACAAGCGCGGGUACGGCAAGGUCAGGCACCAGCGCAUCGGCCUCACUGAGAACUCCGUCGUGCAAAAAGUGCUGGGGCAGAAGAAGAUUCUGUGUGUGGAGGAUUUGAUUUACCAGAUCUUCACGACGGGCCCGCACUUCAAGGCAUGCAACAACUUCCUGUGGCCGUUCAAGCUGUCGGCGCCCAACGGCGGCAUGAAGAAGAAGCGCCUGCACUUCGUGGAGGGCGGCGAUGCUGGUAACCGCGAGGACAAGAUCAACGCGCUCAUCCGGCGCAUGAACUAA